UGGAUGGCUCGGGCCUGUCGUUUCGGGCAAGACGCGGUCCAGGGCAAGGCGUGGACGCGUCGAGUCAUCGGGUGAGGUUAGGCAAGACGGCGAGCGAGUCGAACCGCGCCUGGUGCCUACAGCGUCGCCUGCCUGGCACUGAACGGCGGCUGGCCCGGAGGAUAUAAUGGAGUGGACGUUCUCCUCCAUCCGAGGGUGGCCUCGGAGGGAGGAGGCAAACGCGUACAGCACAGUGCCGUCGAGAGAGCAAGAAUAGCAGUAAGGCAACAGCGAUAUUCCGUCCGACUCCCAAGGCUCGACCGGACUGCGCCGCCUGCCUGAGCCAACCUUGGCACUCUACCUCUGACUCCGCCGUUACCCGCUUGUUGCUGUAAGCCGACGCUGCCAGCCGCUGCUACAACAGGCAAUAGGCACUAUAAAACAGCUUCAGCAGCGUUCCGCCUUCUCCCGAACAAGCGUUGGUCACGUGAUUGUGUCGCUGACUAAUUCCUCUCCCCCGGCGCAAAAUGACAGCAGAGGUAAUGCACUUCAAAACUUCAUACCCGAAUUUUCAGGCCAUCAACGGUCCCGGUCCGACGCCGUCAGCCGCGCAGAGCUAUCCUUCGCAACCGCAGCCUCGAGACCCUCGUGGUGACCGACUCUCCCCCGGCGCUGGCCUCUUCCACCACGCGCCGCCGACCACGAACUCGGCUCCCAGGCCGCGUCCGCUGCCUGCGACACCCUCCCCGUCAUUCCGCGCACCGGGCGCCGCGCCGCCCUUUCGCCCGCGGCUGCUGUCGCAUUCCGUCUCUUUUCUCUCCGACUGGGACAGCGCGCGCCGUCCUCGAUCCAUUUUGGUCGCUUCACCCGCCGACCGUGGCGUCGCAGCCAUGAGUGUCGCCUAUGAGCCGCGCAACUUCAUCCACGAGGGCGCAUAUCCCUCCAUCGGAGAGGAUCACGAUCAAGACGACCACGAUGGCGCCGACCAGCGCUUCACCGACUCCGACGUCGCCGAGCACCUGAGCCAUUACACAGCUGAUGCUUCUCUGCUUGCCGAUGAGCGCGAGGUCCUUGACGAUCGGGGCGUCAUGGCCGAUGACAGAGGUAUCAUGGCCGACGACAACUCGGUACAGGACGCAUCGAGACUGGAUCUCGGUCCGACAGGAUUCUCGUCACCGCUUCAGGUUUCGUUGACGGCGCCGUCGAUGGCUGAAGCGCUCUCCGACAGCAAAGACCCUUCGCCCGGUAUCGGGUCUCCGUCGUCAAUAAAUCGAGUCAAGUCGGUCACGAAGCCCGACCGGGAGGUGACCAAGGGUCCUGACGGGAGGUUCCACUGCACCAUGCCUGAUUGCAAGGAAGAGAUUCGGUCUUUUUCACGCAAGUGCGAAUGGAACAAACACAUGGACAAGCACGAGCGCCCCUACCGAUGUCCCGCCGACGGCUGCGAAAACCUCCCCGGCUUUACGUACUCCGGCGGUCUGCUUCGACACGAGCGUGAGGUCCACGGCAAGCACGGGGGCCCGAAAAACACAGUCAACUGCCCGCAUCCCAACUGCAAGCGGCAUACGGGCAAGGGCUUCUCCCGACAAGAGAACCUCAACGAGCACUUGCGGCGCGUACACACCAACAUGGAGGGCUCCACGCCGCCUGCGGCCGACAGCGUCGCCUCCCCGGACGACGACGAGAGCGAAAAGUCGGGCACGAAGCGGAAACGCAGGAUGAGCGACCAGGGCGAGGAGCUCACGGAGCUUCGUGCCGAGGUCAAACGACUGCGCGAGCAAAACGAGAAGCUCAAAUCCGAGGUGGAUCAGCAGUCCCAGCACUCGCUUGCCAUGAUGGCGCAAAUCGCAGAGCUUCAAGAUGCCCUGCGACACGGCAUUGGGCAGCACGGAUUGGGCGCACCAACGGCGCAGAUGAUUUAGGAGCCCUCGGCCGCCGAUUGCUCUGCCCACAGCAACUUUCAGGAUGGCAGCGACUUCAUAUUGCCCUCACGGAUCCUGUACGGCUUCGAUUAGAGCACAAGGCCUGGGACUCGGAACCAACGCGAAAAACGACUAUUUCAACGAAUUUUCCACUCUCCUACGGUUCGGACAUGCGACGGAUAGAUGAGGUGUCACGGAUGCACACACGCACGCACGCACACAGACUCUUCUCUGCGAUAUCCCCCUCUACUCUUUUGCCAGACGCUUUCCGCACUGGCUCUGCGCUUCUUUGUCUGCGUUGGCGAAUUUGCUUUUUUGGUUUUCGGCUCCAUGGCAGCAUGGAAAGGCGUUUGGGUUCGAAAGCAGACAUACUGGAUGGCAGGCCACUGCGUGAUAUGCUCCAAAAACCCUGUACUGGGCCGUCCGACGUGGCGCGGCUUAAUAUAUACCUCCUGUUCACAUGCUGUUUUUACUUUUUGUCCGCACUCCCCGCUGGCAAGCUACCGCCUUGUCCCCUCUUCACCGUUGCCCCGCCCCGCGUUUCUAUGAUGGGGCCCUUCCCCUUCCCCGGGGCGUUUUGCGUCUUCUGUCUGGCACGGCGUUCUAUGGUAUAGGUGGUUCCGGAGCAAGGACGGGGGUGGUUUGGUGGUGCGGGCAGACACGGAGCGGGACGCGGGUGUGGAAUGUGAAGAAAGAAAGCGAGAGAUAUCCCUUUGCGAUGUGUUUCCCAUAUUUCGUGGGUGGAAAGGCUCGGCCGUCUUUCUCUUGUUUUUUUGUCUUUCCCUCUUUAUUUUCUUCCCGCUCCUGUUGCUUGCCUCCAACCACGGGUUUCGCGCAAUGUAUCAUGCUCAAGUUUCUGCCUAGAAGGGGAGGGCAAGGAGGUGGGGAGAUUGCGGCAAUGAUGGACAUAUAUCCAGUGUACUUGUAUUUGGAAAGAGGGAGGAUGGACGGGCGGCGGGGACAGAGGAGAGACGGGAAGCAGCAGAGGGUGAGAGAGUGAGAGAGAUGCGGACAGACCGAUACCAUCGGACGCUGGCAGAAGAUCCCCCCCCCCCCCUCCAAUGGUUGUUGCUUGGGUUGGGUUGGGGAGAAGAUUUGCUGCAUUCUGUUCUCCCGUCUCUCUGCCGCAUGUAACUAUAUAGAAUCACGCAGGGGGGGGAGAUGAACACCCUACGCGCGCCUCCCCCCUACGUGCAACAACAACAACCACCACCAGCCAGCCAGCUACACCUGGACGGGUGGGUGGGUGGAAAUGACAUCUCGCCGCUACUAGCUAGUACUUUUCCCUCCUGCGAAGGCACGCAGAGAGAAGGAAAUCAAGAAACCAUCCACGAUGAUGAGUUUCCCGUUCCAGUGCUGCAGCAGCCA